GUUUUAACCAUUGCAGAUGUGACACAACUGAGAGCACACUCCCACCAGUGGCUAGUGUUUGAGCAGUGAAGGGAAUAAUAGCAGAACAUCAUCUUCUUUUGAGAAGAGUGAACCAGCAAACGACCAUGGAAUUUGGAGAACCGACGAAAGGUAGCCAAGUAACCGGUUCAGGUGGUAAGCGGAUCCACCGCGAUGAUGACGCUACUAGAAGACGGAUUAAUAUAAGCGGCAGCAUCAUGACCGUUAUCAACGUGGCUGUGUUUGUUUUAACCCUGCCGUCAAUGGGGACCGUCGCCCAGCUUCCACUAAGUUUACAGAAUCUCGUUGUUGAAAACGUGGCGAUCGAAGAGUGUACCCUGCGACCCAGUAUCACUGGACAGCAACAGUAUGGGAACAAUCGGCCGUUCUGCGACUAUACCGUACCAAAUCGUACCGUAUGCUUCCGCGGUAUUGAUACGAAAAGAUGGCAGACGGGUGGGGCAAAGCUGAAUCAAACAAAACAGCUGAUUCUGUGCGAUUGGCCAACGCGUACCUUCGACCCGUUAAUUCUGACCAAGCUGGUACCACAGCUGGAGCGGUUCGCUUUGACCGGAAGGACGUUGCAGCGUUUAGUACACCACUUUCCGCCACUGUCCAAACUGCGUGAACUCAACAUAACUGGCACGAGGCUUAAUCAUACCGAUGCGAACACAUUUUACGAGUUGGAACAGCUGAAGGUUCUCAAUCUACGAGGCAAUGAACUGGAACAGAUUCAACAGUAUCGCUUCCUGAGCGAUCACGUCAAUAUCUAUCUACAAGGAAACACAUGGAACUGUACCAACGACAUGAUCUGGUUGCUAAGGGAACGAUCCGAACAGUACGUCGAUAAGUCUUCCUGGGUUUGCAAGGACUGGAAGUACACGGGGCGACCGGUGGUGACAGCCAUGGAGUACAAGCGCGUAGUACAGGAGAGCUGCCAGCAUGAGGAGAUUUGGAACUGCACUUGCCACGUGUCCUACUUGCGUUUGAGCGAUAACGGACUAUCCUUUCAUCCGAUGAUUAUGGUCAAUUGUAGUGACCGGGGGUUCUAUCAGCUGCCACAAUAUUUGCCCGGUAACACUACCGUACUGGACAUUGCCAGGAAUAAGCUCCAGUUGGUAGACAGUCUCACUACAAACGAACAUUACCAAACCGUGCAAGAUAUUUACCUAGACGAUAAUCAGAUUACUUCGAUCGACAUAUUGGAGGACACGAUUUGGUUGGAUCACUUCCGUAUUCUUAGUCUGCGAGGGAACAAACUGAACCGGAUACGGGUUUACAGUGUAGAGCAUGCGAUGGAACGAAAUCCCGGUGUCGGGAAACUGUACCUCUCCAACAAUCCCUGGCGCUGUGGGUGCCGCUUCGCAAUACGUUUCCAGCGGUUUCUUCGUAAACACGAAUCGCUGGUCGCGGACACACGCAACAUCACUUGCUACUUUAUCAACGAUGAUGACGGCCGGAAACAAUACCUGCCCGUCCUAACACUCACACCGAACGAUAUUUGCCGAGCGUCGGAACACAACACGGCCGCUUUCUACAACACGCUCAGUAUCAUUUUUGCCUCACUGAUCGUUCUCAUCUUCACCAAACUGGGCUACGAUUACUAUCGCUACCGGAAGUAUGGUAAACUGCCUUGGUUGAUCAUGAAAAUGCCCUAACAUUCUCUUCGUUCUCCUUUGGAUAAACGUGGCAAGGCCAAACUGUACUUAAAAACAAAACAGUUUAAACUGUAAUCUGAAUUGUGAUAGUGAGACUGCAUGUGGAACCGACCUACGAUGAUCUCAAGUGCUUUGAGCCAAGGUCAUUGUACUGGUAAUCUCUUUGCUCGAAGCAACUUUUCUCAUCCACUCUACCUACCAGUAGUGUCCCAACUUAAGCACGUGUACUUUAGUUUGUAAUGCACAUCUCGAAUAAAAUUUCGUUUUAUUUGUUUUAA